GUUUCCAAGGCAACGGGCAGGGCCUUUCUCCUGAAAGGCGCCGCAUCAUCAUUAUCAUCCACGCAGGGCUGGUCGAGAGGAAGCAGGAGCUAUCAGCCCAGCAGUGGGUAACAUCAAGCAUCUUCUCUUGCUUCAUGUCGCGCUGCAGCACAGUCUCCAUCAACACUCAGUAAAAGGAAAAUGAUGUGGACGCGAAAAGGGAUAUGCUGAUUUGAGAACGGCCCGAUCAACUAUAGGAUCUAGCUGUUAUUCACCAUGAACGUUGCGGUGUCUCCCAUGGCCAGAGAGGCUGCCUCACCAAUGAUCACCUCCGUCACACCCAGCUUUGAGGAGGAGGAGGCAGGCCCCAGCCUCAGCCAGGGUGGUCUCUGUAGAGAAGGGCUGGCCCAGGAGAGGGACCCGGCACGGAGGUAUCAGAACCAGAAGCCCCCUCCCCUGCACACAGGGGCGGACUGGAAGGUGGUGCUGCACCUGCCUGAGAUUGAGACGUGGCUGAGGGCCACCACUGACAGGGUCCGGGAUCUCUCCCACUCUGUCCACCAGGACUCAGUCAACAAACACCUGGAUGUACACCUAGUGCAGCUCAAGGACAUUUGUGAGGACAUCUCGGACCAUGUGGAGCAGAUCCAUGCAUUGCUGGAGACAGAGUUCUCCUUGAAGCUGCUGUCCUACUCUGUGAACAUCAUUGUGGAUAUCCGCAGUGUGCAGCUCCUGUGGCACCAGCUCCGUGUCUCUGUCCUGGUACUGAAGGAGAGGCUGCUGCAGGGCCUCCAGGACUCUAACGGAAACUACACCCGACAGACAGACAUCCUGCAAGCCUUCUCCCAGGACCACCACCAGGCUCGCCUGGAUGCUCUGACUGAGGUGGACGACUGCGGCCAGGUGACCAUUAAGUGCAGUCAGGACUACUUAUCCCUGGACUGUGGUAUCACAGCCUAUGAGCUCAGCGACUAUAGCCCCAGUGAGGACCAGGAGGGUACCAGCGGAUUGGGCCAGGGGCAGGAGCCCUGCUGUAGAUACACCAGUCUAAAGAGCGACUUCCCAGAGCUCAUCCAGAGUGUGGACCUGCUGACCAUCACAGCCAAGCAGAGCCAGAACCAGGGGGCCGUCUCAGAGCAGGAAGAGGAGGAGCCAGGUACCCCUAUAGAGAAACACAGAGACAAGCCCUCUAGCGCAGGGGAGGAGAAUAACCCUGCACCUGGACCCAAAAUGCCCUGCGACACGCCCCAGAGCGAGAGCACUCCACUCUCCAAGCAGCCCCUUCAGGGCAGCGUGAGUAUCGAGGUGUCCCCCACUCAGCCUGUCCUGCCUAAGAAGCCCAUUUAUCUGGAGGGAGAGGCUGAGUCCAGCCUCAGCCUAAGGAGAUCCACCCUGCCUCCCUCUCUUCAAUUCCAGGCAGACCUGAGCCAGAGCACUCCCUCUCUCCUGGACCUUCCCGACCGCUCCAAGUUCUGGCUGGAGCUGAAUGCUGUGUGCCCCAGCAACGCCUCCCAGUCCUUUGACAGUCUGCAGGCUAUGAACAGCAUGAACCUGCAGGCCAGCAGACAAAGAGAGGCUGGAGGUUACCAGAGACAAGGAAGCCCUGUUGGCGCUCACAUCCCCCUACAGAGGAGCUCCUCAGAGGUAGACCAGGGAGGCCACUUCCCCCAGGACCUCUCCUCUAUCCCCACCCUCUUCUCAGGCAACAAUGGAUGCAGCAGGGACCUGAAGGAUCCACAGACAGACAGAGACACAGACAGCUCCCUACCCUCUCCUAUGAGAGAGCCCUCAGACCACGAGUCCCACGAUGAGGCCACAAGCGAGGACUUCCGCCCUCCCACCAAGGAAGCCGUCUGGAUCAUCCAGCCCCAGUGCCCCCACCUCCACCACCCAGCCCCAGUGGGGACCAGCCCUAACCCCAGCAAGGAGCACUGGUUCAGGUCAGAUGAGUUCCUGGCUCUCCCUGCCAAGCUAAAGAAGACAGAGAUGUUGGCUAUGAAGCUGGAGACCCUGGCCCAGAGACCUGGCCACCAGGGACACCAUGAGUCGAUUCAGGAUGUAGACGACUGGGAGCUAACCGAGGUCAAUUCAGACUGGGAGGGCGAGGGCCUGGGCAGCCCCCAACCCCCUUUGGGCUUUGACCCCCUCCAACCCCCCUACAAGAGGCCUUUCCACGUGGGGAUGGGGAACUUCUCGCCCACCUUGUCCAGCGACAUGACUCCAUCCCUGGAUGAGAGCAUCGAGUCGGCCCCCCUCAGUGACCUGCUGUCUGAGGACGAGGCCUGGAGCUCCAGGGAGAGUAGGAAGAGAGACAACAACAGGGGCUGGAGCUCCGGGGAGACCAGAGCGAGAGACACCAACAGGUCUCUCGCCCUGCAUCCCACCACCACCACUACCAUGGCCCCCCACAUAGAGACACAGUGUAAACCUUUCAUCCAACAGCUACUGGAUGACAUCCAGCACCACGACAACCACCCGGACAUAUGGGGCAAGAUAGAGGUAAUGAGAGCAUCAGCCUCUGACACAUACACUUUUACUAUGAUGUUGUUGUUGUUUCAAGCAUUGGUUAUUCCAGGAUCUAAAAUGCCUCGCCUGGAUGCUCUGACUGAGGUGGACGACUGCGGCCAGGUGACCAUUAAGUGCAGUCAGGACUACUUAUCCUGGACUGUGGUAUCACAGCCUAUGAGCUCAGCGACUAUAGCCCCAGUGAGGACCAGGAGGGUACCAGCGGAUUGGGCCAGGGGCAGGAGCCCUGCUGUAGAUACACCAGUCUAA